AUGGGGGCCGCCGUGUUCUUCGGGUGCGCGGGCAUCGCGUUCGGGCCGGCGCUCGCGCUCGUGCUGCUCACGGUGGCGGCGGAGCCGCUGCGCGUCAUCAUCCUCGUGGCGGGGGCUUUCUUCUGGCUGGUGUCGCUGCUCCUGGCGUCGCUCGUCUGGUUCGUUUCGGUCCGCCUGAGUGACCGGGAGGACGCGAGGCUGCAGUUCGGCCUCCUCGUCUUCGGGGCUGCCGUCUCCGUGCUGCUGCAGGAGCUGUUCCGGUUCGCCUACUUCAAGCUGCUCAAGAAGGCUGAUGAAGGCUUGGCUAUGAUCAGCGAGGACGGCCGGUCGCCCAUCUCCCUCAGGCAGAUGGCCUACGUGUCGGGCCUGUCCUUCGGGAUCAUCAGCGGUGUGUUCUCAGUCAUCAACAUCCUGGCGGACUCCAUGGGGCCGGGCGUCGUGGGCAUCCACGGCGACUCGCCCUACUACUUCCUCACGUCGGCCUUCCUCACCAUGGCCCUCGUCUUCCUCCACACUUUCUGGGGAGUGAUCUUCUUUGACGCCUGCGAGAAGCGGCGCUACUGGUGCCUGGGGCUGGUCGUUGCCAGUCACCUCGUCACGUCGGGGCUGACGUUCCUGAAUCCCUGGUACGAGGCCAGCCUGGUCCCUAUUUACAUCAUCGUGGUCUGCAUGGGCGCCUGGGCCUUCUUCACAGCUGGGGGCUCCAUCCACAAUGUCCUCAAGUGCCUCUCUUGUAAGCGCGAGGAAGACUCCCGUGUGAUGAUGUACUCGGCACUACGGGUGCCUUUGGAGGACUGAGCAUCCUGGCCCGCCGGGCGCUUCUCUUCCCAAAUGCCCUGUUCCUGGUGGCUGGAAGCUCCCGUGGUGCCGCUCGAGUGCACGUGGCGCCGGGGCAGCCUCUGUCCUGGGAAUGUGCAGAGACCCGGAGCCUGCGGUGGCCGCAGCUGCUCCCCGUGUCAUGAACCUCUCAUCGCUCCCGCUCCGAGGAGGCUUUUCGGCUCCUUUCUGCCCGACCGGUGCUGCCCUCGGGUGCUCCCGUCCUCACGGUGCCGUUAGCUUCCUUGAUAAUGGGUUAGAUAUUUUUUAUGGGUGAUGUGGGAUUUA